CAAGCGCGGCCUGGACGAUGUAGGGGCGGCACUAAGGCUCAUGGGACCAGCCAAGACCGGUUUGCCCGUAUAAAAAAAAAACGCGUCUAUUCAACUCCGCUGCACACCGUCUGGCAGUUUCCAACACGCACGGGGUCUCCUCGUCAAAGGUUUCGGCUUUGCUUUUCUGGCCGCUGAAGAGGUUUUGAUGGUGAAAAAUCAACAGGGGCGUUGGGUCUUGCGUUCAAGCGCCGACACGCUGACGUAGCGGCACAACACGGCGGGCAGGAAAAGGCGAGCUGCAGCCCAGCUCCCGUUUUAUAACCGUGGCGACGGAAGACAACCCAACGGGACCCUUUACCAGUGGCUGUUGAAGUGCUUGGCCUUUGGCGUACACGUUGCUUCUGAUGACAUUUUCACGAGGAUUGCAAACAACCAUAGGAGUGCAGCACUUCACGUGGAGUGGAGACACACCGACCCGGUACUACCGGAAUCAGCCUAGACUACUGUAAAACUAAAGGUGAACAGUUGUGCUUUUUUCAUUGUAAACAAUUACCAGAACAAUUCUUGACGAGUAAAGAAAGACUCUGGAAACGACGCAGCACAUUCCCUUACCACAGCGUUUUGUUCUGAGAAAAUCUACUUUUACAGAGGCACCGACUGCAUCAGUGAAGUCACCAUGAAUAUUUGAGUCCAAAAGGGAAGGCUGGACUUUUGUCACAGCAUUUUUUGCUUAAAUGUUGAUUGGAAUUUAUCAGAGGUUGUUCAAUUACAGAUUUUGAAAAGGAACUGUGAAACCUUACACGAAUUGAGUCGUUUAAUUCCGUUUGUUUAUCAACACACGGUUGGACAGAUUUUAACAUGUCGUGGGACGAUAGUUAUGACAAAUACAGGCAUUACGACAUGCCAGGGGUCACUAGUGGGUCACAACCACUGCAUGCACACCCCCAAUUGACCAUUGCGUCAACUCUGGACAAAAUGACAGACACAGCGGUAAAGGUGGAUGGAGUGGCAUGGGGGUCUGGGGUGGGCGAGGAGGAGCGUCCCUCGCAGGGCCUAUUCGGUUACCGCGAGAUCUGCUCUGACGAGAACUCGUCCUCGACGGAGUCGGAUGAGGUCCACCACCGGCUCUCGCGAGAUGACGUGAGAGCCCACGAGGGUGGAUCCCCGGACCACAACGGAGCGCUGGACGCCGAGGACGAAGACCGGGCGCUGCGGCAAGGCAAGAAGCCGCUCGGCGGCAAGGUCAGGGCGAGCGGAUCCUCCGGGAAGAACUCCAAGCAGAACCGGCUGAGCAUUAACUCCCGGGAGCGGCGACGCAUGCAUGACUUAAACGACGCCCUGGACGACCUCCGCUCCGUCAUCCCCUACGCCCACGGCCCCUCCGUCCGCAAACUCUCCAAGAUCGCUACCCUACUCCUGGCCAAGAACUACAUCUUGAUGCAGGCCAACGCCCUGGAGGAGAUGAAGCGGGUUGUUAGUUACGUCAAUCAGCCCCAGCUCUGCAUGUCGCCACCUCCUCCCCCACCCUAUUUCAGCGGCUACCCGUUCCCUGGGUACCUUACCUCCUCACCUAGGGAGAAGAGUCCAGUUCCACCAGCGCCUGCGUCAUCUGGGCCGCCAGUCACCGUCCCUGCAUUCCCAGUGACAAGGGAAAACAAUCCAGCGGCGGGGUCAUCGCUACUCCUGCAUCCACUUUCAGUCACCAAGAAGUCUUUUACCAGUCCCUGCCAACAAUGUGUUGACAACCCUGACAGUUUGAAGCAAUUUGCCAAAUAAUCCAGCCUGAAACAUCAAGUUCUUUUAUUCGAAAACCCUAACUUUUGAAACCUUGAACUUUCUGAAAUCUGACAUUUGUUGAUUUUUGAGAGACACUUCCGGUAGAAGAGUUUAUCACAGACUAUUAACGGACUUUCUUCGUAAGAGUAUAAAACUGACAUAUACGCAUCUUUGCCUAUGUUUCAUGAUUUCUGUAAAUAAUAUCAAUUAAAUUCCUUGCUUGCGAUGUUUGGCAUUAUACUGAGGAACAGAAAAUGUCAAUUUUGUGCCAUUUAUUUAUUAUGUUAGACAUAUCUGCCAAAACGAUUUUUGUGUGAGUUUUUCCUUAUGAUAAUCUUAACCCUUCAAGGCACUUUUUCGGUCUGACGCAACUCAUAAGGUCAAUCCGAAAAUAUACUGUGAAACUUGGGUCAAAGACACUAAAAACAAUUCUGAAAUUGUAUCACAACUCGCCUGAAGCAGGCCGCUGGAUCUAAUGGACUGUUUUUACACUUGCCAGAGCAUACAUGUGCUCGAAAAUUAUCCCACUGUCUGAUUGUACCAUGGAGGAAAGACACAGAAGAAGUUACAACUCUUGCACAUCAAAGUGCUCGAUGAUCAUUGCCGCCCUGUCAAACGAACAAUAGCAAACAUUCCAAAAAUGCCUGAUUACUGCCUGCAGUUUAGCCGAACAAUUCGGGCUAGUAAUAUCGUUACAAUAUUUGUGGCGUUUAUUGUGAUUAACUAUAACUUCUUGCUGUGACCAGGAAAUC